AUGUCUUUCCAGGCUUAUGAUCAGUACAACCCGCAGCAGGCUGCUCCGGCUGGUGCUACGCCCGGUGCUCCGGCUCCGGCUGCUGGCGCGCCCGCUCCUCAGACUUCGAGCAGUCCCGCUCCUUUCCCUAGCGCUGCUGGUGCGGCGCCUGGUUCUCCUUCUACGGCCGAGAAGACUACUCUCUGGAUGGGAGAGCUCGAGCCCUGGAUCGAUGAGAACUUUAUCCGUCAAGUUUGGUUCAACCUUGGCGAGCAGGUCAAUGUCAAGAUGAUCCGCGACAAGUUUGCUGGCAGACCCGAUGCCGCUCAGGGCAGGCCCAACGCUGGAUACUGUUUCGUCGAGUUCUCCAACCCCGCUGCCGCGGCUAAGGCCCUCACCUUGAACGGUACCCUCAUUCCCAACACCAACCGUCCCUUCAAGCUCAACUGGGCUUCCGGUGGUGGCCUCUCUGACCGCCGCGAUGAGCGUGGUCCCGAGUUCUCCAUCUUCGUCGGUGACCUCGGACCCGAGGUUAACGAGUAUGUUCUCGUCUCUCUCUUCCAGUCUCGUUACGCUUCUUGCAAGUCUGCCAAGAUCAUGACUGACCCCAUAUCCGGUCUUUCCCGCGGUUACGGUUUCGUUCGCUUCUCCGACGAGAUGGACCAGCAGCGUGCGUUGAAUGAGAUGCAGGGUGUUUACUGCGGUAACCGCCCCAUGCGUAUCUCCACCGCUACCCCCAAGAACAAGCCUGGACAGAUGGGUCAGCAUGCUCAGGGACACAUGGGUAUGCCCAUGAUGGGAAUGCCCCCUAUGGGAUACUACGGUGCUCCUCAGCCCAUGAACCAGUUCACCGACCCCAACAACACUACUGUCUUCGUUGGUGGUCUUUCUGGCUACGUUACCGAGGACGAGCUCCGUUCCUUCUUCCAGGGCUUCGGUGAGAUUACCUACGUCAAGAUUCCUCCUGGCAAGGGCUGUGGUUUCGUUCAGUUCGUUCAGAGGCACGCGGCCGAGAUGGCCAUCAACCAGAUGCAGGGUUACCCGAUCGGUAACUCCCGCGUCCGUCUUUCCUGGGGACGCAGCCAGAACAACUCUGGUCCUGCCGGUACUCCGUACAGGCCUGCUCCUCCUCCGCCUGUGUAUCCGUCUAUGGGUAUGCCGCCUCAGCAUCACUUUAGUCCAUUUGCUCCGAUUAAUGCUGUUGCGGCACAUAUGCAUCCGCCGCCGUCUGCUCAGGCUCCUGGGGCUGGUGCUCCGCCUGUUGGACAACCCGGGCAGAUUCCGCCGAUGAAUGGCCAAGCUCCUGGAGGUGCGGUGGAUCCUAUGGUUCCCGUUCCCGUGACGAAGCUGAAUGAACAAUAUCUUGCAGCACGCGAUGGCCGACUCGAGAGGCUGGAAGCUGACUCCCGUGGCUUCCACUCUGUUUAUGCGGCUUAA